AUGGCGGAGGAGAAUCAAGAAGAAAACCCAAAACUGAAACCAAUAAAAAAAGCACCACACUUUGUGCUAAUACACGGCAUGAGCUUAGGUUCAUGGUGUUGGUACAAGGUCAAGUGUCUCAUGGAAGUCUCUGGCUUCGCCGUCACUUGCAUCGACCUCAAAUCCUCCGGCAUCGAUUCUUCCUCCGCUGAUUCUCUCACAUCCUUCGACCAAUACAAUCAACCACUCAUUGACUUCCUUUCCUCCUACCCCGAACAAGAACAGGUGAUACUAGUGGGUCACAGUGCAGGAGGGCUAAGCGUAACGAGUGCGAUACACAGAUUCCCUAAGAAGAUCUGUCUUGCUGUUUAUGUCGGAGCUACGAUGCUUAAAUUCGGAUUUCAGACCGAUCAAGAUUUGAAAGAUGGAGUGCCUGAUCUAUCAGAACAUGGUGAUGUCUAUGAGCUCGGUUUCGGUUUAGGACCCGAAAAUCCUCCGACCAGUGCUCUUAUCAAACCCGAAUUUCGACGUGAACUCCUUUACCACAUGAGUCCUCAACAGGAAUGUGCGUUGGCUGCGUUGAUGAUGAGACCAGCUCCGCUUCUGGCGCUCACAACAGCAAAAGUGGAAGAAGAGGAGGAGGAGAAUGACAUGGCGCACGUGCCACGCGUGUACAUGAAGACGUUGCACGACCGGGUGAUGAAACCGGAGCAGCAAGACGCCAUGGUUAAACGGUGGCCACCGAGCCAAACUUACGAAUUGGAUACCGACCAUUCUCCUUUCUUCUCUAAUCCUUUUGUUCUCUUCGGUUUACUCAUCAAAGCUGCCGUUUCUAUGGGUUCUAUCUAA